AUGCAGAAAUAUCAGCUAUUGUGCAUUCUUUUCGUUGCCUUCGGCUCAAUCUUCUACGCCUAUGACUCCGGCUGUACCACAUCGGUCCUGGGAUAUUCCUCGUUCAUCGAGUACUUCAACCUCGACGCCACGACCAUCGGAGCUUUUGGGUCUGCCUACUAUGGAGGCGGAGCUGUUGGAUGCUUCCUCAACUACUAUCUGCCUGAUAAGUAUGGGCGACUGCGAACAAUACAGAUCUCUUGCGUGCUGGCCUUGAUCGGCUCUGCAAUGCAGGCUGGGGCGACGAACUUCCCAGUCUUCUGCACUGGCCGUGUCCUCGGAGGAAUAGCGAACGGUAUUGUCUUCUCGGUGUGUCCGACAUACGCCAGCGAGAUUGCGACUCCAGAGAUCAGAGGCCGCGUUGGCUCGCUCUAUGCUUUCAAUGUCAACUUCGCCUACAUGCUCACGGAGUGGAUGGGUCUCGGCUUCUAUUACAUCAAGGGCAAUGCUGCAUGGCGCACUCUGCUGGGAAUCCAACUUGUUCCCGCCCUUUUCAUGCUCAUUGCUUCGUUUUGGAUGCCCUUCUCUCCCCGAUGGCUCAUCAUGAAGGGACGAGAGGACGAGGCAUUGGAAGUGCUCAGGAAGCUUCAUGCCGGCGUCGAAGGCCAUGAAGAAGACUUCUAUAUCAAGGAGUUCCACCAGAUCAAGACUCAGUACCAGAUCGAUCAGGCCAACAAGCUCGGCCUGAUCGCCAUCUUCAAGAAGAAAUCUUACCGCAAACGCAUGUACCUCAUCUUGUUGUUCGUGGCCUUUUGCCAAUUCACCGGCAUCAUCCCACUGCAGAACUACCAGGUUACAAUCUACACCAAGCUCGGAUUCACCAAUGUCUUCAGCCUAGUGCUUACAGGUAUCUGGGGUACCUUGGGCUGCUUGUCGACAAUUACCGCAAGUCAAAUUGUUGACAGACUGGGUCGACGACAUCUCAUGUUCGUGUCUUACAGCUUCAUGAUUCCUGGGGGUAUUCUUCUCGUGGCUCUAUGGGCAAGCUUCGAGGCUACCAAUAGCACCAACUAUGCGUUGGGCAAAGCCGUCAUCUUUGGCAUGUUCUUCUACGGCUUUGGAUACGGCGGCUUCAUGAACACCUUCUUCCCGACCUACUGCACUGAAGUCAUGCCAACCAACAUCCGCGCGACCGGCACGGCCAGCGGCUACGCGCUCUUCAACCUCAUCGUAAUCAUGCUGGUCCAGGUGACGCCCAUGGCGAUCGAGGCCAUCAGCUGGAAGUACUUCAUGAUCUUCGUCAUCUGCGACAUCAUCUUCAUAGUCAUCUUCAUCAUCUUCUACCCCGAGACCAAGAAUAAGACGUUGGAGGAAAUCAGUGCGAUUUUUGGCGAUGAGGUUGCCGAGACGAUCGAAGAGGCCGGUCAGCAUGUUGAAGAGGUCUUGCACCAGCACGAGAAGACCGUCCAUCAUAUCGACGAGGUGCCAGUCAAGCUCGCGUGA